AUGGCUGACCGGUACUCGUUCUCGCUCACCACCUUCUCGCCCAGCGGAAAGCUGGUGCAGAUUGAGUACGCCCUCAACGCCGUCAACCAAGGUGUUACGUCGCUAGGCAUUAAGGCGACGAACGGCAUCGUGCUCGCUACCGAGAAGAAGUCCUCCUCCCCGCUCAUCGACGCCCAGUCUUCAUCGAAAAUCAGCCUCAUAACGCCUGACAUCGGCAUGGUCUACUCGGGCAUGGGCCCCGACUACCGCAUCCUCGUGGACAAGGCGCGCAAGGUCUCUCACACUGGCUACAAGCGCAUCUACAACGAGUACCCUCCGACAAGGAUAUUGGUGCAGGACGUCGCCCGUGUCAUGCAGGAAGCUACCCAGUCUGGUGGUGUGCGGCCGUACGGUGUCAGCCUGCUCAUUGCAGGCUGGGAUGAGGGUAUUGAGCCUGAGUCGGAAGAAACUGCGGACGAGAAGAAGAAGGUGGCUGGUAAGACUGGAGGCAUUUUGAAGGGCGGUCCCAGUCUGUACCAGGUCGACCCCAGCGGCAGCUAUUUCCCGUGGAAGGCUACUGCUAUCGGCAAGAGCGCAACUAGCGCCAAGACGUUCUUGGAGAAGCGUUACACCGAGGGCCUGGAGCUCGAGGAUGCGAUUCACAUCGCCCUGCUCACGCUGAAGGAGACCAUAGAGGGAGAGAUGAACGGCGACACCGUGGAGAUUGGUAUCGUUGGACCCCCCGAGGACCGUCUGCUUGGGUACGAGGGUGUGGAGGGUGCUAAAGGCCCCAGGUUCCGGAAGCUGAGCCCGCAGGAGGUUGAGGACUACCUGACCAACUUGUGA